UAAACUAAGCCAAAGCAAUCCAAGCAAGUUUCUCCGCGCGGUCAUGAAAUUCAUGGUAGUUUAGUAUACAACUCAUAAUAUUUACUGCUGUUCGCAACAAUAUUUACUAUUUACCACCCGUGGAAGUAUACAUAUUCAGGAUCAAAACAUGGGCUCGGCUGAAUACAAUGGCGAUUUCUACAGUCAAGGCAAGGCCUACUGGGAAAACAUACCGGCAACGGUGGACGGAAUGCUCGGUGGCUAUUCUCACCUAUCUAGCAUUGACAUCCACUCGUCACUUCGAUUCCUGAAUACAUUUCUUACGAGCAAGGAGCAACCUACAGGGAAACAGCGUGCACUUGACUGCGGCGCAGGAAUCGGUCGCAUCACCAAGCAUCUCUUGUUGCGUUGCUUUGAAACUGUCGACAUGGUUGAGCAAAACGCGACAUUCCUCGACCAAGCGCGAGAAUACAUUGGAGCUGAGGCCAGCCGUGUGGACCAACUGUAUUGUUCAGGACUUCAAGACUUUGUUCCAGAAAGUGAAAAAUACGAUGUCAUAUGGUGCCAGUGGGUGACGGGCUACCUCACAGACGACGACUUUGUGUCCUUCCUCCGUCGCUGCAAGAGCGGAUUACGACCCGCCGGCAUUCUAGUGGUCAAGGAUAAUGUAACUAGCGAAAGCGUUCAUGAGGACGACGCAGAUGGCGGUGUCACACGUCCCAGGGAGAUGUUAGUGAGAAUAUUCAACAGAGCCGGCUUGGAGGUCGUCGCCGAACGAAGACAAUACAAAUUUCCUAAGGGAAUUUAUGAAGUGAGAAUGUUUGCAUUGAGGUGAAAUAAAGUAUUAUAGUGAGAUCUUUUUUUU